UUUACAAAAAUGUAAUUCGACUGUUCAUCUGCUCCACGAACUGUCAAGUUAUUAGUGGUAACAAGUUUCAAAGAACAUUUCAAAAUGAUUCCAUUCGCUUUAUAUUGUUCAUCUUUUUGAUUAUUCUCAUUUAAUUAUAUUAAUCUUUCUCAAACGGUUGGUAAUUAAUUCUGAUUUUCGUUAGCAUAAUGUGAUUGUGAUUCGAUUGGUGUAAAAAUGUUAACUUCACGAAAUAGAUUCACUUUGAUUUCAACUGAAUUGUACAUGUGAUUUUUGUCAAUCAUCAAUUAUUUAUAUUUAUUAUCAAGUUAUGAAUAAAAGUUUCAUCAAUUGUACUUUGAAUGAUCCCGAUAACAAUGAAAGAUUGACCUUUAAUGAUGAUAACUCUCUUGGUCAGUUUUGUACAACUAAUGGAGUUACAACGAUGUUAACAAGAUACGCCGUUAAUUCAGCUUUAGUUGUGAUCAUUUUAGCUUCAAUUUUGGGAAAUCUUUUGGUUUGCAUUGCGAUUUAUACUGAUCGGCGACUUCGUAAGUUAUCAAAUCUAUUUCUUGUCUCUCUUGCGUUAGCCGAUCUUUUCGUUGGAUCACUUGUGAUGACCCUUGAGUUGACCGCAAAUCUAAUGGGAUAUUGGGUAUUUGGUCAAAGAGCUUGUGAAGCUUGGAUAUCAUUUGAUAUAAUGUGUUGCACUUCAUCAAUUUUAAAUCUUUGUGCAAUUUCAUUGGAUCGAUUUCUUCACAUUAAAGAUCCACUUCGAUAUAAUCAAUGGAUGACCAAAAGGGUUGUCCUCGCUUCGGUAGCAUUGAUUUGGCUUUUAUCGGGAUUGAUUUCAUUUGUACCUGUAAGUUUGGGCUGGCAUAAACCGUCCAACAUUAUUGAUGACCUUAGCACUGACCAAAUACUAACCUUAACUACCCCACCAUCGUCAUCAUCUUUAGUUAUAACAACAACACCAUUAACAAUUAAUCUGUCCCAACCAUUGGUACCAGAUGAAUAUCAAUGUGCUCUUGACCUUACACCUCUCUACGCUCUGGUCAGCUCAACGAUUAGUUUUUAUCUUCCUUGCCUAAUCAUGAUCGCCUUGUACACUCGAUUGUAUCUUUACGCUCGUAAACAUGUUCAACACAUUCGCUCAAUGGCCAAACCUCUUCACUUUGAUCCUGAUGAUGGUUGUUCAGGUUCAUCAUCAGCACGAUCAUCAUCUCAUCAUUCUCAUCAUUCAGUUAUGGAUCACAAGGCAGCAAUAACUCUCGGUGUUAUCAUGGGAGUGUUUCUAAUCUGUUGGGUUCCAUUUUUUUGUAUUAACAUAAUCGCCGCCUUUUGUAAAACAUGUAUACCUGAGUUAAUUUUCAAAACCUCAACUUGGCUGGGUUGGCUUAAUUCAGCUCUUAAUCCAGUAAUUUAUAGUAUAUUUAACACUGAAUUUCGAGAAGCAUUUAGGAAAAUUUUACUAUCAGUUCGUGAUAAUGAUUGGUGUCGUUCAUUUGGUGAGAAAACAGAUUCUUGGUCUAAAAGACCAUCAAAUGGCCAUUCAACUGGACGAUACCUUUCAACGAAUCACCAUAGGAUGGAUUCACCUGAUUUACCUGUGACUGGUGCUUAUGGUGUUAAAAUGAUGUCCGCUGGUCUACAAAGUUCAUCUAAAUGUGCAGCAUUGCUCACAUGUAAACCGGUAGAGGUCACAUCAGGGGUAAAGGGUUACAUGGACAUAAUACCGAUAAAAGAUAAUAUUGAAAUUAUCUGUGAUACAUCAACAGGCAAAAUCAGUGCAAUUUAACAAAAGUCCGUAAAGUGAAAAAUUGAGUCCAAAAUUACUUAACAAUCAACGACUACUUAAUACAAAAUGUAACGGUAAACCAUAGUCAACAGAAAUGACCACUAAUCUUAAUGGUUACAAGCAAACAAACUGUGCCAAAAACAUGAUCACUCAUCAGUUAAUUGACCAACACUCGAUAAUAUUAUUGACCAUCAGAAUCACGUUCAUGUUAUCAUGUUGUGUGUCUACAAAUCAUGAAAACCAUUGAAGUUUACCAUGUUAAAUAUAUAUAAGAUCUCAUAAUCGUUUCUUGAAAAGUUCCAAAUAAUUUGAGAUGAAGACGAUAACCAAUCGAUAAUCAAUCGAACUCAAUAUGAAUCCAAGAUACGAACGGGAUAUCGAUUCGAUUCAAUUAAGCUAAUGGAUCAUCUCUUAAUAACGAAAAUAAUAUUCCUAGAAUAUCAAAACCGGAGGGAACAUGGGACUCGCUGAAACCAACGAAUUAAUUUGAACUCGGCGAUCAAUUCAAACUGUAAAUUAUGUACAAAAUAAUAUCGAAGACAAAUAUUGUAAAUAAUAAAAAGAUUAACUUUCAAUAUUUAAUACCAUUUAUUUACAAGUUAA